AUGGAAGGCACUGCAGAAAACACGCCUAAAGGCACGGCGGCUUCUUUUCAUGAAGACAGCAGCACGUCCAGCAACGACAAAGUGGUGGAGGAUGAUCUGCUUGACACCCUAAAACAAGCAAACAAAGGCCUGGCCGGCUCGAUACGAACAUCUCAUGAUACAACAAAAGCCCUGAAGACCCAGGGAAAGAAGCUGAACAGAUCGCUUAAAGCAAAGAAAAGAAUCCGGAAAAAAGUCGGCGAAGACGAAGAGAUUACACAGCGCAUAAAAAAAGAAGAGAACAUAAUUGUCGUAAAAAGCAGCUUUUUGGACAAAGUAAAGAACUUUUUCAGCGGAAAGACGUGGCAUGAGAACAAGGUUAAUUCAGAAGCAGAGAACGAGGAAAAAAAAGCCAUGCUGAGCGAAAGCGCAGACGAGUCAAGCGGGCUAUACAGCACAGACAGUUCGGAUGGCUCAGUGGUAGACCAGCUAGAAGACUCUGGCUCGGGCGACGAUGUGGACGACCAGCUAGAAAAGACUCUGGCGGGCCUUCAGUCUCUGCGGCAAAACGUACACUCGCAGACCCAGCGAAUAAAAGCGCAAACGCAUGCUGCCAAGGAGAUGGAAAUAUUGGACAAGGACACGGCCAGCCGGGCCAAGAAGCUUUCUAAAGACGUAAAAAGCUUAAAGUAG